ACCACCAUGCUGGGGGCGUCCGGAGACUACGCCGACUUCCAGUACCUCAAGCAGAUCAUCGACCAGAUGGUAAUCGACGAGGAGCUGCUGGGAGACGGUCACAGUUACAGCCCUAAAGCCAUCCACUCCUGGCUGACCAGGGUCAUGUACAACCGGCGAUCCAAGAUAAACCCGCUCUGGAACACGGUCGUCAUCGGAGGCCACUACAACGGCGAGAGCUUCCUAGGGUACGUGGACAUGCUCGGCGUGGCCUACGAAGCCCCAACGCUCGCUACGGGUUACGGAGCGUACCUGGCUCAGCCGUUGAUGAGAGAAGUCCUGGAGAAGAAAGCCAGCCUGACGAAGGAGGAGGCGCGGGACUUGAUCGAGCGCUGCAUGAAGAUUUUGUACUACAGAGACGCUCGGUCGUUCAACAGGUAUGAAAUAGCGAUCGCGACGGAGAAAGGCGUGGAGGUGGAAGGACCCCUGACCCUGGAAGCCAACUGGGAGAUCGCCCACCUCGUCAGGUAA